GUGUGACAAGAAAGGAGAAGCAAACCGAGAGAAGAGGAAGCGGAACUUCAACACGGCGCCAUUAAAGCCCCGGAGGGUUGUGGGGAGCAGAGCGGCGUCUCAGGAUCAUGAAGGCCGCGGUCCCUUUCCUCGUUCUCCUCAGUGGCUGUUGCAUGACUUGGACGGAGGCCCUGACCGUUAAUGGAUUGGUCGGGGGAACAGUCAGAAUCGAAUGCACUCACACCAAUGCGGGUAGCAACAUCAAAUACUUCUGUAAGGGAGAAUGUGGUGACAAGGACGUUCUCAUAAGAAGUAAGACGGGAGGAUCGGAUAAGUAUUCUAUCGAAGACAAGGGAAACACAUUCAUCACAACUAUUAUGAAUCUGCAGCCAGAAGACACUGGGACUUAUUGGUGUGGGAUAGAAAGGACAGGAAUUGACACAUUUGUUGAUGUGUAUCUCAAGGUCAACAAAGACAAACAAAAUGAAAGCUUACGAAGAGAAAGCCUUUCUGAUCAGUUGACGUAUAUAGGAGCAGCCCUUGGUGUUGCUGUGUUGGUGCUGGCCCUGGUUCUUCUGACCUUCUGCAGGAUAAAACGCAGAAGAGCCGCGUUUGUUUCAGAGAAAAGCCAAAGCACGAAUGAAUGUCCAGGAGACCCUAGGAAGAACAGCCUCCUUCCCGCCUCAUUGACCAAUCCGCACCCUGAUAGCGCUAUUUACUCCAAUGUCAGUGGGUUUCCAAAGCCUCAGGACCAACCAGAUGAGAGUGUGUCGGUCCCCUCCAGUCCAGAGCAGCCCGGUGUCUUCUACUCCACUGUGAGCUACAACAAUGAUUCCAAGUGUGUGGCCCUCUUAACGGAUACAGACUCUGUCAUGUAUUCUACCAUUCAAAAGACUCAGUAAGGGCCUGAUAUAUAAGAGUGAUUCUGCUUUCGGAAAGUACUAUUAAUAGUGAUAAUAAUAACUGUACUGCUAUUAACAGUUUUAUUUAUUGUGUAUUGCGGGGAUGAUAAUCAAAAUAUGCUUCCUAUUUUCUCAUGUCAUUGUCAUGUUCUGAAGUCAUUCAAAUUCUUGAAUGGAACUUUCUUCUGUGAUGUUGGCAACUGAAAUGAAUGCAUACCAAAAUGUGCAUACAGGCAAACAAUCACACACACACACACACACACACACACAAAUACACAACCGCACAGAUGUGAAAAUAUGCAAAUCGAAUUAGAGAGCAAAUCAGCAAUCAAAGAAGGGCAAUAUGUUUACAAAACUCUCCUUUUGAGAA